GACCGCCCCGCCCGGUGUUACCGGUAUUAUAAGAACAAGCCGUACCCAAAGUCCCGCUUCUGCCGAGGUGUCACUGAUGCUAAGAUCCGCAUCUUCGACUUGGGGCGUAAGAAGGCCAAAGUGGAUGAGUUCCCACUCUGUGGCCACAUGGUGUCAGAUAAGUAUGAGCAGCUCUCCUCUGAAGCCCUGGAGGCUGCCCGUAUUUGUGCCAACAAGUACAUGGUGAAAAGCUGUGGCAAAGAUGGUUUUCACAUCCGAGUGCGGCUCCACCCCUUCCAUGUCAUCCGCAUCAACAAGAUGUUGUCUUGCGCUGGAGCUGAUAGACUCCAGACAGGUAUGCGUGGUGCCUUUGGAAAGCCCCAGGGCACAGUGGCCAGGGCCCACAUUGGCCAGGUCAUAAUGUCCAUCCGCACCAAGCUGCAGAACAAGGAGCAUGUGAUUGAAGCCCUCCGCCGGGCCAAGUUCAAGUUCCCUGGCAGUCAGAAGAUCCACAUCUCCAAGAAGUGGGGAUUUACCAAGUUCAAUGCGGAUGAAUUUGAGAACAUGGUGGCAGAAAAGCGACUCAUCCCGGACGGCUGUGGGGUCAAAUACAUCCCUAAUCGUGGUCCCCUGGACAAAUGGCGGGCCCUGCACUCAUGAGCAUCAGCUCUGUUCCCUCCUUAAUCA